CGUAACCACAAAAUCCACUCAAAUUUAUUCAUAGUUUCAUAACAGAAUGAUUCGAAUUGGUAUCUUUAUCGUUGAGGAAUGAUUCUUUCGUUGUGUGGCAAUACACCGUUGUACGGCGAAGGAUUUGGAUUUAAUUUGGCGCCGAAAACAUGAAGGUUACGGUGUGUUUUGAUGCUGUGCGUGUCAUCGUUCCGUGCGGGAAUGGCGAACUUACUGUCACUGAGCUUAUAGAACGAGCGGUUUCGAGGUAUCGCAAAGCUACAAACAAGGCAAGUAUACGGUCUGUUUAUAAAGUGUCUCUCUCGACAGUUAAGCACUGCUGUUGCUUAAAUUCUGUUCUCAACUGUCUCGCCCUUGUCAACUUUCGAUAGAGACCGAGUCACGAUUAUUACUUGUGUAAUUCGGAUUUGAAUUGCCUAAGGGUCUAUUAGAAUCUCAUUUUUGAGUACCACAGCUUCGUGCGUUUGUUUUUUCUCUGGGUUUGAAUUGUAUUCAAACUAAACUUUCUUUACCCACGAAUGCUAAUGUCUUUUGGUUCAGUUUGGUCGCACUCUCUCGAAUAACUUGUAUAAGUCCGAUUUCCGGCGCACGGUCGAUGGAGCGUUCGAUUGAAGUCCUACCAAAUUUAGCCAAGCUGUGAGUUUAGAGGUUUGUAUCGAACUAGCAAAUGGGAUUUAAUUGCCUCAGGUCGGUUUCUAAAUAUUAGAUUUUCAUCGUUUGAUGGCAACAUUAAAUAAACUACAGAUUCCGGUAAAAGGCUUCAAAUAUUCUUGAUUUUUCGCUUUGCCGGAAAACUUCGUCGCCUAAAGGGUUCUACAUUGUUUGCAGCAUAGCAUAUCGAUUUAUUAUAUCUUCGCUUCUAGUAAAUCCACAAUCGAUAUAUUGCGGUGUAAUUUCUCUUAAACCUAACAAUGAGAGCUUAUUUAUCUGACAAAUUUUCUGCUUUCCUUUAUUCUAAGUGUUGGUUUUAAAUGUAGCUCUUGUGCCCGGCUUUGGUCAGGGAGGUUAAACUCAAACACAAUUUACAACUUAACACUGGUUUUCUUUAAGGGUAUGACUAAUGUUCAAGGUUACGUUGACUAGAUUUUCAGCGAUAAAAUUGCUUUUUUGAGGCAGCAAUUGUGCAGUGCGAUCUUUUUAACCAAAUACUCAUUUAUAUUUGCUUUAUUUGCAGCCUGCAGAUGAGCACGUUCAAGUGCAUUUUCUUGAGACCAGCGAUGAUCGUGCUAUUCUCGAUCCUGACGAUAUACUCAGUGAUGUAGUCGACGACAAAGAUAAGGUACUAUUAUCCUUUCCUUCUCCGAUUUCAUGUCUAUCGUAAUGUUUUUAUAAGGUAUCACUCGCUUAGAUUAAAUUUAAAAUUACACAUUUAUAAAUUCCGAUUGCGUCCUGUGUUAUUGAAAUUUAUUACGCUGAAAUGAUCACUUUGUUUGAUAGCGUGACACGCUUUACAACUCUAGUAGCAGAAUUUUUUCCUAUCAAAACUAGAACUGUUGUUUUUAUCCUGUCCAAUUCCACAUCGGAAGUUAAUCUGUUGAGGUAAUUUAGGAAAUUUCAAAUCAAUUUCGUAAGAAGAUCAGUAUUUUUGUUUGUUUACUGAAUUUCAAAUAUGAAAACCUCCUGUUGAGUCGUGUGAAAAAUUUUGUCUCUUUUCCAGACAAUUUAUUCAUGAAUCAUUGUAACAAAUUUAACAAUGUCCCUUGUUCAGGACAGAUUUACUUGUGGUUUUGACUUUGCUUCCUUCUGUAAUGAAUUGAUCCGGGUAAUUUUGUUCCUCAUUAUGAAUUGUGAAAUGUGCUUGUCAUUACAAGUAAAAUUUGUGUGCAUGCAUUGUAUUUUGUGAGAAAAAUCCGUGAUUUUGAGAACCAAUUUCUGCUAAUUUCAACAUAUGUUUUCUUUGUUGAUAAUGUUAUUCUCAUCUGCAUUUCUCAGUUUCAAAUAUUUUAUUAUUUAUCACCUUGACUUGAAGAUUUUACACAUACACACAUUCCAAGGUUUUUGUAUUUCAAUUGCUUAGACAGAAUGAUGCAACUUUCACAUGUCAGUUUGUGCCUGCUAAAUUGAGUUGGGCCUUAAAUGCUGCAAUGUUUUAAAACUACUGAAUACUUACAUAGCUUCUGGGAGACUUAAUUACAGACUUAAUUACAGAGUAUUGGCUCAUAAUGAAGAAAAUCCAACAGACUGUUCAUGAAAAAAUUAAGAGUAUUGUGUCUGCCCUUUGAGAGUUUUGUGCCAGUAUUUCAGACAUGACAAUUGAUUCAGGCAUUCAAUUAAAGGGUACUUGUUGUUUUAAUGUUGACCUCUGAAACUGAGACCAUGAAUGGACCACUUCUUCUAUAGUGGUCCAUUUAAGGGUUGAUGUGACAAGAUCUUUGUUGUCGCUAUAAAGAAGGGUUAAAUUUGCCAUUAUGAUUUUCUAGUCCCAAAUUCACUUGUUAUAUGGCAAAGGUUGUUUCCAUAAGCGAUCAGUAUUCAGUAAAUGUAGGACCUAGUUAUCUUAAACACCUCUUAGGCUGGCAAGAGAUGGAAAUUUAAGAGCUUAGUCAGGAAGACUGUAGAAGUUAGCCAUCUAAGUCCCAUUAGGAUUCAUGUCUACAUUGAUGUCAUAAUUUGGGUAAGGAGUAUAAUAUCUGUGACGGAACAGAGAAACAAUGCUGUGCAUAUCUGAAGCUUACUGAUCUUACUAUUUACAUGAUUAUCGUUGGUGGUGUUGUUGUUUUUCUUUUCUGUGGAUUUUAAUAUACAAAUGUUACAAAUGUUAUUAUGCCAUAAUCCUUGCAUAACUGGAUCAAAGUCCAUAACAAGCUUUUUUGUUCACCAUGUGUAGAGUUUCCUUUCAUGACACUUUUUACCUUUUUCAAUGGUACUAUACAGGUUACUGAUUCUACUUAUAAAUGGGUCACCAACUGUAGCUUAAAAUUCUCGAGUGGAAGUGUGUUGUGUACAUGUCUAACAAUACCAACCUGUUUAUGUAUUUUUCAAGGUUGUGUAACUACAAGCAGGUUAAUAUUUUUUAAUCCCAGUGCAACCUAAUAUCUUAUGCUAUCUCUAAGGAUAAGUUAACUCCUGAAGUGUAUCUGUGUAAGGUUUUUAUUGAAUCAUAAGUGCUAGUUAGGUAUUUACUUAAAAAACUUAGUUGUAUGGGAGGAUGUUAAUUUGGGGCAAGCUCUGGCAGCUUUUCUUCCAGCCUUGUGGUUAGUCUCAGUGUAUGAAGGGUUUCCUCUAAUUGAGUAUUUGAGUUACUCUGUGUUAUUGGAGUGUCACUAAACAAAAUAAGUUAACUUGGGCACCUCUGGCUUCUCAUUGCAAGUGAUUGACUGGAUGGAAAAAUUGCACUGCAGAAAUUCUUGUAAAGAGUUUUUGACCAGUGGUGUUGAUUCAAACUUACUUGCUCAUAAUAUACUUUGUGUAUAGUUGUUUUGAACUUUCAACGAAGAAUCUAAAGAAAGACUUACUAUGAUGUCCAAUCACUCGCUUGUCUUAAAAAACCUGAGACAGUCCAGCAUUAUCCCUAGUUUUUUUUAUGAUACUGAAUGAUGUUACAGUUGAAGAGAUACGGGAAGUGACCUUUGGAAAGUCAUGAUUCUUUGAUCCUGAAGGCUAACUACUUGUACAACAGACAACAAAGUCCACUUAGACAGUACAAUAGUGUCUUUGUACAGCUUGUGAGCUCAUUAAUUUGUCUUUCUUAGCUUCCACUCCUAACUAUUAAUUUUGUGGCAGACUAGUUUUCAGUAUUUGGUGUUGUAUAUAGCUAAGUAGCUGUGUAUGAAUAUGUUCACAGGAUUAAAAUACUGGUUUCUCCAAAAAUGAUGGCUUCUUGGUUUGGGUAUUGUUUAAAAGCUUUUACAAAAGAUUAAUUGUUUUGGCUGAGAUUCUCCUUUCAGGUACUAAUAAGUGGCAUGAUCCAAAUUCACAUAAAACAACAUGUGUGUGUUUGUUCAACCAUUGUAGAUACAUAGAUAGACCAACCUAUCUUUUUUCACUUUUUCAGCUGUUGCUGAACUUUGAUCAAAGGGUUCUGACUUUAAUAUGAUUAACAGUGAGCUUGAUCAUUUAACAUGGUUUUUUUUUAUUUUGGGACCCAUGCUGUUUUAAUUCAUGAGUAGUUAAUUGGAAACUGCAAAAAAAAAUAUAGGCUAUGUGAAAUGAUGAAUAUAAUAGAUGGUUGUUGAAAUAACCUUGAUAUGUGUGGGUGUUGAUGGCUAAAAUUGUGUAAUGUGCAAAUCAAUGAAUGUUGUAAUGUUUUAUUAUAAACUGAGGUUGUUGAUGACUAUAUUUGUGGAACUUUACUGCUGUGUCUGAGGUGAUGUUGCUUGAAUGGAUUAAGUGAUUUUAUCCAAUUUUUUUAAUUAAUAUUGGGAAGUUCUAUGGAAGUGUAUUUUUGUUUUCACAUGUCUUUUAGCUUUCACCUAUUAAAGUAAGUGAAAAUUCUUAAUUAAAAAAAGUGACCCUUUCUAUUGCUAGACAGCUCUAACAGAAGACAUUGAUUGCUUCAUUCCAGAAAUUUUUCUAAUUUUAUUUCUUGACAGUUAAGUCAAAUUGUCAUUUAAUUGUUUGCAAACUAUUCCUAGAGUGUUUGCCAAUAAUAUCUCAGCGAGAUUGUUAUGCAAAAUAUUAUUGAUAGAAGUGCCAGAAUUAUUUUUCUUGGCAAGAACUUAUUGGAUAAAAACAUUACAAAGAUGUCACUUUAUACCAUAUUGUUUUAACUGCAGCAUACACAACUCCUGGAGUAAAAUAAACAGAAAUUAGUCUUAAAACUGCCUUAUAUGGUUUGACAGAAUGGGCUUUUGGAAAACCUUUUUAAAGUUAAUUGUUUUUACUUUUUGUUGACAUUUCUGAUGUCAAAUCAAUUUCAUACUCUCAAGAUGGUCAUAGUAUAUUUCAAUAUGGUUGCUUUUCUGGCUAGAAUGUCAUUAGAAAGAAUGUAAAAAUUCAAAACCUCUCUUUUAUUGUCAAAGUAUUUAGCCUGAGGGGAUUGUUGGAGACAUUAAACAAAAAUUUAAAAAAAAAAACUUUUGAUGGGUAGGAUACUUAAAAAUGAAAAUUUGCAUUGUAACUUAAUCACUGCAAAGCUUACAGCAAUUGUUAUUAGUAAUUAAAACACAUGUUAUAGGUUUUAUAAUUUUCUCCCUUUUAUUUUGAUAAAAUGUAUAUAAAGUGGGAAAUUAUUGUUGAUCUUUACUCAGUUUUGACCGUAAGAGUGGUCCUGCAUUUUUAAUGGUUUGUUUGCAAUAGCAUGAGUUAAAAAUUGGUUUAGCAAAUUGCUGGUUCAAAGCUAGUUAGAAUAUUUGGUUUUUUAGCCGAUUGUACAUUUUGAGUCGACUUCAUCUUGUAACAUCUUGCUCUUUCAAUUACUUGGUCAUAACCCAUUAACUUCAAAAUCUCAUUUGUAAUUUUCCAAACUGUCUGCUAUACUGUUUUUGUGAUGUUAGUUUGGAAAAUUUGAUAUUGGAUCCACUUAUAAUCCCUUAACUGAUAUUUUUCUUUAUUCUCUCAUUUGUCUGCUUGAUAUUGUAUUGAUAUUGUAAGGAGAAAUUCUGUGUUGGUCACUCAUAGGAGCUAAAAAGUUAAAAUACAUGGAAAUAAAUGAUGAUAAUAAAUGGAAUUUGGUAGUUGACAUUGCACGAGGUAGCUCUUCUUGUCCACUGUUUCCAGGUCAAAUUAGGCUCUAGAAUGUUGGUUUUUGUGGAGGGAAGAAAACAGGAGAACUCAGAGAAAAACCCUCAGAGUAGGAAUAAGAACCAAAAACUAAGUCAAUCCACGUGUGACACCAGGUCUAGGAAUUGAACCUGAAUUGAACACAACCCAUCCAAUUAAUAACUAUUUACCCACAUAGUACAAUGCUUUGAUUUGUUUUGCAGUUACUCGCUGUUUUUCAAGAAGGUUCUUCUCAAUUUCUUUAUCGGCCAGCACAAAAUGGUGGCUAUGGAACAAGUGCAUCGUCUAUAGGAACAGCAAGUCCUGACUUGUCACUGCAUGAGGAUGAACCUCCAAAAUACAUAGAAGAACCACCCUUAAAACAAUUUUCUCCAACAGAACCAAAUGCAAAUGGUGAAAUUAAGAGUGAACCAAGGGCAGUGAAAAGCCCCCCACCUCCUGUACCACCUAAACCAGUUAGAAACAGCACCAAGAACAACAGUAGGAUUUCUUAUAUUGAAUCUAUCCCUUCAGAGGAUUCUGGAAUAUCCUCACAUGAUGACAGAUUUCGAAUAAGUUCAGACUCAUCAAAGUCUGAAACAAUAGAGAGUGUGGUUGUCAAACCUACAAUUUACAGGACAGGUGAAAUGACCUUUGUUGCAGUUGGGAGGCCUGUUAACCAAGCUGUGCAUAAUGGUCAUAAUGGUCAUGCAAACCAUGAUAGAAGACGUUUCUCAUCGAGUUCUGACCAUGCUGAUAAUGAACACAGUGAUAUAGAAGAAGAAACAUUUUCACUGGGUCGUAAUUCAACUCGGAAAUCUAUGUUUGUGGAUAGCCCAAUAUUGGACAGAUGGGCUGAGCUACAGGAGGAGAGAAUGUUUGUGGUGAGAGAGGCAUUUUACUUUUAAUACUGUUAUUUCAUCUGUUGUGGUGCAAGGUUGUUUUUGGUUAUAAUUUUCCUUUGUUUGGAGCUUGUUUUUGCUAAUUACUGUUCCAAAAGGUAAAGGAAAAUAGAAUUUUGGCCAACAAUAAACUGUUUUACAACAUACAUGUUUUGUAUUGUAGAAUUAGUGAAGUAGUUAAUAUAAUGAAGUGUGCAGGUGACUCAGAAGUCUUGUAAGUGUUUAAGGAGUAAAACUAGCACCUGUUAACUGUUAAGGAAACCUGACAGAAUGGUGGGGUAUAACAUAUGACUUCAUAAACCCUUGCAAUAAUUAACAACUGUUCACUAAAGUGGAGGUGGCCAGUGGUGGAUAUUCAGCAAGCUGCAAAUCAGUGAGGUGAUAUUCACUGCUAGCCACUGAGGUAAAUAGUUGUUUUAGUUUAUACUAAGAAACAGUGAGAUAAUGUGGCACAAAAAGAGGAUUUUAUCUUAUUUAUUUCAGCAAUGAUUACAAAUUUUUUGGGUGCAAAUCUUGUGUGAGUAGCUCUGAGGUGAAUAUUAAAGGAUAUUCAGAGUUUGAGUAGCCAAUUAGAGCACACCUUCAACUCUAUCCACUGUUUUAAUAUAUACAAAUAACCUUUAUUUCUCCUUGCUCCAGAGAUUUUAAUAGGCUCUUACAACUCUGUCUCCUCUGCAGACUUAACUUAACUGUAGAUCUGUUAGUGGAAAUAUUGUCAUUGUAAUCAAUGUAUAAUCUGUUGGUUUUCCUAAGACAAUGCUCAAACUUCAUUUACACUUUUUGUAAUUGUGAAAUGCACCAUUUCAUAGAAUAAUGCAAAUCGAAGUGAGCCAGUUAGUACAGUGACGUCUCCAUCAGAACCAAGCUCUAUUGAACCUGACUUUGCUCUGAAGUAUGACGAUGAUCAGCGAUCUCAAAGCUCUCAUAGUAGUGGGUAAGGGAAUGUCUUUUACUUCUGCCUUUUAAUAGUCAUUGCAUUAGGCCAUUUCCUAGUCAACAACUGCAUUGCUAAAUGAAGGUUGGGUGCCUGAGACAACCAGGAGCUUCCACUAUUGGCAGCCAGCUCCUUAAUGGAGACUGCUCCCAUGGCAGACAAGUCCUGGCAACUCAGCCAUGAGCCCCCACACAGGAAAGGGAAAACAGGCACCUGUGACAGUGAAUGAAGAGUAGAAAGAGGGAGGGAAGGGGUGGGGAAAACUACCUGGAGGAUGAGCUGGCACUCCAAAAAACACUGAAAGUUCAUGCUUAAAGCAUAUGCAAGGGGACUGAUACUCUUUGUUGUUAACUCAUUAAAUUACUGUAAACUGCAUAUAAAAAAUAGUCACCUAUACUAUAGGCCAAGUGCCUAAACCUCUGGUGGGAAAAUGACAUUUAUUUGCUAGUGAGAGAUUAAAAAAAUUAAUAUCAAAAUGUUUUUACUUCCCUUAGAUUUUGACAUUGGGCUUUGGGAAGCUCAGAAAUGGCCUCUUAAAUUUAUUUCUGUGAGGUCUUUUUUUUUUUUUAGUACAAGGUUCAUACUAAAAAUAAUUCAAAUGAUCUGAAAUAAUAAUUGGUCCAAUUGAAUUUAUUACUGCACUAAUCAACACAUUGUAAAGGCAGGUGCUUCAUUAAAUUAAAUGAAACUGGAACACAAGAUUAACUGCAAGAAGCCUAUCAAGUAAACUGUGCUUUGUUUUUCUCUGAUAGCACCAAUCCAAAUAUUUUCUACUUCAAAUAUUUAUUACAGGGAACCUGAUAUGAUUAUGAUUGAGUUGAAUCGUGAAGAUCCACAGGAACCCUUAGGAUUUACGGUGACAGGAUAUAGAACAGCAGAUAGCAGGUAAAUUUAUGUUGAAUUAACUUGUAUCGUUUUGUUUUGUAUGUAGAGGGGAUACCAAUUAUCUUGGCUACGUUCACUCAGUUUUGUUCGGGUGCAAUACUUUUAACAUUUUGCUCUCACAGCACCCUUCCCACUAAAGAGCCCUUAUGGAUACCAACGAACCAUCAUGACAAAAUCCUUGUAGGGUGUGUUGGGUUGGUUGCUUCGAAAGUAGACCUUUGGGGUAUAUGUGGUCACAUGUUCGAUAUCUCGCCCUGAGUCUGGAUACGUAACAGCACCUAAACACCAGCAUUAUUUUCAACAAUAUUUGAAUCCAUUUCUCAAUGGCAGGGAACUUGGGCUCAUCGUUCGAGACAUUUCACCCAGUGGGUGUGCAGCGAGAGAUGGGAGAUUAGAAGUAAGUUGAUACUGAUCAAUUUGAUCAAGUUUGUUUUUCCUUUUUUUUCGGAUGUGUUGUCUUGGCCAAACUUUCUUUUUAAAUGGAAAAUUUGCUGAAGAGAACUUAUGUCUCCGCAGAUAGCAGAUCGAAUUGUCGAGGUGAAUGGUUUGAACCUGAUGGACGUACCAAAUAAAAGGUAAGUGAAACAAAAGAUACUUCGUCUUUAAGCUGUGGGAAAUUGAUAUGUAAUUUAUAUACUGUAAUUUUAUGGGUCAACAAGGCCAAAAUAUAAGUUGUACGGUAAAUUCAAUUUUGCAGCGCAGUUCAAGGAUGACAUGGCAUUGCAGGGUAGUUUUCAAUUUCAAGUCGAUCUCGAGUUUUUUCAGGGAAAGUGGGAAGGAGGCGAGAAGGGACUCUUUAGGGAGUAAGGGCCUUGUUAAAAACUUGAGGUUUAGAAGUGAAGAGAAUGUUAAUACACUAGAAGUAAAAGAAAGCUGGUUUUGCAAUUUUAACUUUGUUAGAGUAAGCUUUAAGUGUUCAGUAGACAACCGAGAUUUUUUUCAUUUUAGAGCGGAAGAACUUUUUGCGGAAGCAAUAAAGGCAUCAGUCGUAAACCUUGGAGUGUCUCGUACACAUUCAUUCGUCCCGGGACAGAAGAGUGACACACCACAUGAAGAUGAAGUCGUACACGCCCAGCCCAUGGAAGAAAAUAACGAAUCACAAGAACAAGAUCAAACACAGAGAGGGAUCCUUCCUCUUACACCUCAGUCAAUGAUCAGUUCGCCUUCGAUUCCUGACAACAGCUUCAAGAAAGUGAAUAAAAGGAUCCUCGUUGAACUUAUGAAAGGUAAUUUUUUGGGUAACUUGGCGCAAAGGUUGGAAACUUUGCUGUCGAAAAGAGAGACCAACUGUAACUUUCUGUAACAUGGUCGACUAUUUUCAGAGUUGUACACGCACUCGCCUGCUACUGAAAAACGUGGGGUAACCUUAUUCGGGUCAUUGUGCCCCUUUUUUGGCAGGAUGAUGAAAUUCCUGCAGUGCCUAUCUUCAAACUAAUGCAUAAAUAGUAGCAAUUUUUUCAGGGAAACGAAUUAAAAAUGCUGGAAGUACCUUGCGAUAGACUGUCCCAAAGGAGAGUAGCAAUGCAAAUCAGUAGGUAUACAAACUAAAGCCCUAAAAUAAUUUUUUUUUGGUCAGGCACUGAUGGUCUUGGAUUCAGCAUCACUUCACGCGACAAUCCGGCCGGAGGGAACACGCCAAUAUUCGUGAAGAGCAUCCUUCCGAAGGGUGCCGCUAUCGAGGACGGACAGUUGAGAGCAGGAGAUCAAAUAGUGGAGGUAACUGAAUUCGUUUCGAAAACCCACACCGCCGUCAUAAACAAUCAAUCAGGUGUACAGCUAAAACCAGUCGCGACCAGGCUCUUUCUUGCGCUGUAGGUCUCGGGAAAAUUAGUUUUUUUUACUUUGAUUGGCUUCUUAUGAAUUUUUACUUGGUUCUGAUUGGCUUUGGUUUCAUGAAUAUUAAUCGAAAGGCACAGGGAACAGGACACAAACCCGUUUCUACCUUUAAAUAUUUUUCAUGUUGUAUGUAUCUUUUUACAGGUAAACGGACAGAAAAUGUUCGGCAAAAGCCAAGCGGAGGCCGUGAACGUUUUACGAAGCACCAAGGGUCUGGUAAAGAUUCUGGUUCAACGUGAGGAAACGGUCCAGUCACCCAGAGCUCCUGCGAUAGAGGUGAUUACACAGAAACACUCCAAUGAUAAUUUACUUUUCACAAGUAAAUUUUAAUCAGUGUCAAUAACGAAUUGUUUCUUCAUGUAAAAUCCGCUUUUGUUUCACAAUGGUUUUCUGGUCAGGGAUAUUUACUCUUUGGGUUUUCGCUCAGUUUUGCUGACAAAAACGCUCAAAGCGUUAAGCGGAUGAGUUUUGAAACCGCUCUUUUUGCUCUUUUCCCCCGAAGGUAAAUGAAGACAGUAUGAGUCAUUUUAGAGAGGAAGGUCUCCAAGUUCUUACGUUCAAAAUUGCUUUGGACGUAUCUGGCGCGGCAGGCCUAGGGGUGAGUGUUAAAGGCAAAUCACGCGGUACAACUGCGGAAGGUCGAGACAGUCCUCAGGACAAGGGAAUCUUUGUCAAGUCCAUCAUUCCUGGCGGCGCUGCAGCAAAAGAUGGUCGUCUUUGCCCAAACGAUCAACUUCUCCGUGUAAAUGGUAAAUCGCUAGUCGGGUUAACAAACCAGUCCGCUAUGGAUACGCUAAGAAUCGCUAUGCAGUCCACAAGACCUAAUCAAGCCUUCAUUGAUGUAACAAUCGCGCGAGAACAAGAAGAGGCUCCACCACCCCCUGGGGAGUUAUUUCAUAGUAAAUCCCUAGAGAGGCUCAAUGCGCCUGAUCAAGAGAGGCCCAUUGAGGCGAGCUCCGAAGAAAGACUCAUCGGGGGAUCACAAUCACGCACUUCCGAGACAGAUGGUGGUUCUCUCAAAAAGGAACGUAAGUGAAGCCCUCUAUUGGUUGUAUUGCCUCCUAGUUGCAGUUAAGUCUUCAAAGUUUAGAGUUGUAAAGAUUUUAAGUGAUAAUUGCAUAUUUUACUUUUCGUCAUCAAACGUAGGACUUCCAAGUAGUCAGGAGGACCAAUUUAAUGAAUCAAUGGUCAGCAGGAAUCUGAGCCCGAUUCGAGCGAGAAACGCAGUUCACCGAAAUGACUCGUACUGUGUGGCUAUCAACAAGAGCCAAACACCUGGUUCUCCAUUUUAUAGCCCCUUCAGGCAACGCCCAGUCCAUCGCCCUAGUCCUUUAGCAAUGGCAAAUGAUCGAGUGCCACCCCUUGCUACCAGUUCUCCGGCAAGAACGUCAACGCCGAUGGAUGGUCGAUCUGAAAAUGGCAUCGAAAGUGGAGCAAAUGUACUCACAGGAAGGCCCAUCAGUACCAUUGCCAUACCAACACCGCCUCUCGAAAGCACCGACGAAAAACCUUCUAGUCCCUCACAGGCACCUGUUAAACCUCUUGCUCCUCAGCCCCCGCCGAGAUGGGACUCAGAGGUAGAUCCUUCUGCGAAUAAUAAUUAUAAUUUACAAGCAAGGCUUAAGCUAAGGCUCAAAAUGCCAGAUGCUGAGAGACCUCAAGAGGAAGGCACCAAUUCCAAACCCCCAUCUCCGCCCUCGCAGUUUUCGAACCAGUCACCCUCUCAGGAAUGCCCUCCUUCUUAUGAUCAAGCUGUGGCCCGCCUUGGUAGGUCCCCACACGCGUCAGUCAGCUCGGAGCAUGCGACGCCGAGAGAACAGCGGAAAUCGUUGACGGAAGAGAAUGCGGAGAACUCCAUCAUUGCUCCUCCCAGUCCCUUCUCCACCGAAGAAAACCCGUUUCAAAGGGACGGCUUUGGGCGGACGUCAAUGUCGGAAAAACGAGGCCGAGCAACCCUGGAUGCAAGGCAAUCAGAAUUCUUUGUGAAACGAGAACAAGACAGGAAUGAAGGUCGGUAGAUGUCAAUCAUCUUUUCACCACUACUAAUCAUGAACAAGUACUUCCUUCCUGCAAUAUCAAUACGUUAUCCAGAAAACCGGUCAGAAGAGUAGAGAAAUAAAUUAAGGAAGAUUUAUUGAAGGUUAAAAUUAGAUGCUAGUUGAUGGUUUUCCGGGUCAAUUGACCUUGUUUGGUACUAAAUUUGGCCAAAAGUGGCUUUAAACUGAUCAACUUAGCAGAGCUUGAGCGAGCAUUAAUUGAACGAGAGCUCGUAAAUUUAUUCUCACUUAUGUUUAUUUGAUCGCUGUUUUCGUGUGGCUUUUGUUUCCUCGUUGAUUUGAGGUUGAUUUCUGUCGCCAGUUUUAUUUUAACUCUUUGGUUGUUUCUGGUUUUAUUUGUAGAGUAUUCGUCUCCGUCAGAGGAUGGUGAAAUCGACGUGGAAAAACCUGAACUGACAGUUACACGCCAACCUCUCAGAAGGGCUGACUCAGAUGAUGAGCAGCUACGACAUCAAUUGGAGGAAGGUGAGGCGUUGUAGGUGCACUAUGAUAUAAGAGUACAACAACCGGAGCCUUUAAAGUAAGCUCGAUAUCCAGAUCUAAAAUUUUUUAUUCAUCUCUCAUAACAAACGGAAGACCGUCCUCAAUUUCAAAUGGUUUCCAUGGAUUUUACGCCGUAAAACCCGUGAAAACCAUUUAAAAUUGUCUGUAGUUGCCUUACUGGAAUCAAUGGGUUCAAAAAGGGCUUUAACUAUUCGUACGUUCUGAUUGUUUUUCUAUUUACAAUCCUUUUUUAUCUUCCCCAUCAGUAGCCAUCCUUGUUCCUUCUCGACAUUUCAUUGUCUUAAUGUGUUUUUAUACCGUACCUAACUGAAAGUUUUAGUCUCUUUCAAGUAGCAGGUGUUUUCCUUGUCACAAUAAAUCUCGUGUGCAAGAAAGUUAAUUAAUUAAUUGCUUGUCUCUCACCUUUGGCAGAAUCUAAAGAGGAAAAACGACCUUCUCCUUAUGGUAGAAUGACAAAAAGUCGCUCGACUGGACAAUUGAAACUUGUGGGACUUACAAAAGCCAAGGAGAAAAAGUAAGCAGUCAAAUUUAAGAAACUAAAACAGCAUAUUACGGCAGAAGUAGUGUUUUGUCAUAGUGCUUAGGAGCAGAUCAAGGAAAUUGAAGAUUUUCUUUCUCUUUUGUUGCAUGUUGUUUACAGCAAGAAGGAAAUUAUUACUGACAAGGGCUUCUUCUUCAUUUCCAGGGCCAAAAGUAACGAUAACUUGAGUUUCACAAGCGCAGUGGAAAAUGCGAACCGAUCUUAUCCAGGUCAGCUGUGACAUUGGUUUUACCAUAUUACUGCAUUUAAAUUUUCCGAAAUGUGGAUUUUCCUCAACAGAAUAAAGUCAUGAUACGGUUAGUUAAUGGACUAUUUUCUUACUGUUCUGAAUGAACUGGUUUAUUGCGUUACAGGUGACUUUCAGAAUGGUCACGCAAGGUUUAGUCCUUCGGACGAGCAAGAAGUACCCAUAACGAUGAGGAGCAAUGCUGAUUUCACAGCAGUACAACAGAAGCUUGGUGCGAAAAAGCCCUUCUACAAAGGAAUCAGUUCUGUGUUUAAGUGAGUGUUCAUUCAUUAUUUUUGUUUCAUGUAACUCCUUAUGUAACUACAGAGCUAACACCUUCUAUCACUCGUACUCUUUUCUUUGGAAGACCACGGAAACAAACGUACGAAGGAACAAAUAAAAAAUUACCAAAAAAUUAACAAAGAAAACGCUUAAUCACAGUUUUAAAACCUCAGAUUAUGAAGAAGUAAUUUAAACUUUGAUUAACGAUUCACUCACGGUUUGGUUUCAAUGUGUGUAAUUAUCUUUCAUCAACUCUUUUAGGAUCGGAAAAAACAAGCGAGGUGACUACAAUCUAUCGGAAUAUGAUGGUCCAGCGUUUAAACACACUUAUAAUAAAGAAGCACUCAUUGACUUUCCCGCCGAGCAGCGAUACAGACAACUUGUCAAUCAUUACGGUCAGGACAAAUCGUCAGAACGCGCUAGCACGCUGCCGACUCGAGGACGCAAAAAACGGGAAGCGAGAGAAAAGGAGGCUGAACAAAGACGCCCUCCCCCCCCUCCUCCACCUCAGGUGAUGAAAGUUGGAAGAGUUACAGUUACUGCGCCCACUAGAGUUUAACCCUUUAACUCCUAAGAUCUGAUUGUUAAUUCUCCCCUCUAGCUGUUACACAUUUCCUUGUGAAUUGGUUACGAGAAUUUGUUGUUCAAUCAAGGUAAUAUCUUGUACCUAAUGAGUUUAAGUAUUCUCAUAACCUGUUUGCUGAAUAAUGUAUGAAUAUUAUAGGGAGAAGUUACAUGUUAAUCACUUCAGGGAGUUAAAGGGUUAACAAGCCUUCAAGACCGUCAAACGCUUCGCGAACGUUGAAAAACAAAACUGAGUUAUUUCUCUUUGUAUGGCAACUUGAAAUGAUGAUGCUGUCAUAUCCUUACUGAGUUUAUAGUUGCAUAGCGAAAAUUUUCAAGGAAAAAAAUGUGAGAAAUCUUUGAUAGCUAUUUUAUACCAGGAGGUAUAUUAACCA